AUGGAGACUCUCCAGAAGGAGAAUGAGAAGCUCCGCGCAGACCUGGCCAGUCUACAUGAGCCUGCCUCUCGCGCGGCGCCCCAGACGCAGCGCCCAAGCCAGCCCGUGCCGGUGGAGAACCAGGUUCUGAACCUGGUCCGGCAGGAGCUAGCUGCCUUCCAGCACCGGUUCUCCGUGCUGGAGGGCAUCGUCCUGCGCCCCCCCUUAGGGGCAAACAAGACGGCGGCGAGGCCGGCAACGGCUUCUUACGCGACGGCCACGGCUGCCGCAUCCAGGCCGGGGCCGUCCAGCCAGCCCUCGGGUGGGGCUGCAGUUGCUCCUCCCCCCACUGAAAAGUCGGCUCCGGCAAAACCGAUACCGGCUGAACCGGCUCCGGCUAAGCCGGCGACGGGAAAGAGAGGCAAGGCGAAUGCGAAAAAGGGCAAGGCGGCAGCACAGGCCGCGGGUAGGGGAGGGCCCUCCUCCGCCGCCACCGCCUCUAUGGCCACCGCCGCAGCUGCAACUGCGGCCGCCGCCGCUGUCACUGUCGCCGCCACCGCCGCCGCGACACCGACGCCUGCAGAGGGGCGCCCCGUGGAGGAAGCUGAAAUGGAAUGCCUAUAA